AUGGAACCCAAUCCUAUGCCCAAGCAAUUAACAAUUAAAGCUGGAUGUCCAAUGAAUUUGGAAAAUUUUCCGAUGGAUAUUCAGAAAUGUCCAUUAACAUUCGGUUCCUUUGGCUACACAAAAAAAGAUGUGUUAUAUCGAUGGAAUUACGCCCGGCAAGUUGCUAUAGCCGAUGAUAUGAAACUAUCACAAUUUGAUCUUAUAGGUACUCCUUCUGGGAAUAAUUCCUUUAAUCCUUUUAAUGGAGAUAUUAGAUCAGGUAUAACUACAGUCCUUACAAUGACCUUUUUAGGUUUGGAAGCAAGGACGAACUUACCCAAAGUUCCUUAUCCAACUGCAUUGGAUUUUUUUGUUUUUCUAUCAUUUGCUUUCAUUUUUGCAACAAUUAUACAAUUUGCAGUCGUUCAUUAUUUUACUAAGUAUGGUUCAGGAGAAUGCUAUUUCAGCUUCAGUUCUGAUUCAAGCAGUGAGGAUGAAGAUAGCAAUACUUCGUAUGUGCAACCAAAGAAACUGACUUAUUGGACUAUUUAUUAA